AAGCUUUAGCUAAAACUUACACUGUGCAAACUUCCCUUAAAGAACUAAUUAAAUGAAAACGUUACCUACACAUGCGCAUUAUGGUGUUGUGUUAGGAUUCAGUUCUUUUUCAGUUGCACCAAAAAUAUUGCUGUUUCAUGCAACGCACAACGGAGAACGUCAGGAGAGCAUUCCUGUCUUUAUCCACUUUACUGUCGGCUGCUUUCUGCUUUGUUGUUAUUAGUACACAUGUUUCCAAAAGUUUUCUAAUUUUUAAUAUAAAUUCAGUAUUGGUAUAGUGUUGUAAAUUUAUCAAUACUUCAAAUUUAAGAAGUAUUAAUCAAACAUAAUUUCCACGUUAAUGAUCUUGUAAUGUUUAUUUUGGAAUAGUUUUAGCAUUGUGUAACCUAGAAAUAAAUUUUGUUGAGUAACCGGAGAGCACAAUGCAGAACCCGAAUGAAGAUACAGAAUGGAACGAUAUUCUGCGUAGCAAAGGAAUAAUACCGCCAAAGGAGAAAGAGCUUACAGAAGAUGACGUCGUCAAUAUUGUUGAAUCGACUAUCAAAGAGAAGCAAUCAAACGGCAAACAGCUUGAGGAUUGUUCGCUGGACGAGCUUGAUGAGCUGGAAGAUGAAGAAGACGAGAGGGUGCUGCUGGAGUUGCGAGAGAGGAGGUUAGCCGAACUGCGCGCCGAGGCAGCCAAGGCCAAGUACAGGGAAGUCCGCGAAAUCAGUGCCGUCGACUACGUAGAUGAAGUCAACAAAGCUGGCCAAGGAGUCUGGGUCAUCCUCCAUCUCUACAAACAGGGGAUUCCGUUGUGUGCUCUCAUCAAUCAGCAUCUGAAUGAAUUGGCUCAGAAAUUUCCAGCCACAAAAUUCUUGAAGAGUGUUUCGACAACUUGCAUCCCCAACUAUCCGGAUCGCAAUCUGCCCACUAUCUUUGUCUACUUUGAAGGAGAACUGAAGAUUCAGUUUGUUGGACCGCUGGAAUUUCGGGGACCGAAUCUCUCCGUUGAUGAUUUGGAGUGGAUGCUGGGCCAGGCGGGAGCAAUUGUGUCGCAGAUGAGCGAGGACCCUCGACCCAAGCCUCGCGACGCGCUGCUCUCGGCUCUCAACCAAAAUGACGAUUGGUGACACACACACAUACACGCGCACGAACACACCCACUCGGCCUCCGACUUCAGCUAUCCCACCUGCUUCUCGGUUUUCUGCUUUGUCUGCUGCUUUUUCUAAUAACUGAUUCGUCAGUUACUGUUCUACGUGAAAUGAAACGCGCAACAUUAUUUUGACUAUAUUUUUAUUCGAAAUUUGGCAACUUAUCAAGCUUUUACACGUAAAUAUUAUGCCAAACCCUCAAUACUAAAGCUUAUUCAAUUUGAAUUGUUUCGAUGUAUCAUAUUAUUCCAAAUUCUACAACUUCUACAUUAUUGUUUCAGUAGAAUAUGUUCUACACAUUCAAUUUUAUUCUAUAUAGGACAUUAUUUUAAUCUCCGUAAAUUUCUCAGUCGAGUUGUUAUCAUUAUUUUGUAUUUAUAUGAAUGUAACUCUAUUUAAUUUUAUUCUACAUAGAACAUUAUUUUAAUCUCCAUGAAUUUCUCAGUCGAGCUGUUAUCAUUAUUUUGUAUCUAUAAAAAUGAAACUAAUAUUUAAUCUUGAAUAGCUAUUAAUUUCAUCCCCUUAUUCGAAAAAAUAUGGACACCGUCAAUAAAAUUGAUAGAGUCUAUAGUAUAUUCUACGAAUAUUUUUGUAGUUGAAUGUUCCUUAUUAGAUAGUUUUUUACAAAUAUGAUUCAUGAAAAUUUUAUCUCUUUCCGAUAUUAAAGAUUGUUCUAACUACAAUAAGUAUUGCACAUUGAACAUUGAAUCUGAUACAGGUGCUAUGGAAAUAAUGCUUCUGUCAAUGACUGGAGCUGUGAUUGAAGUGAUGUACGGAGAACAAAGAUAACUUACUUAAUUUUUCCAUUUAUAUUGUAGAGGAAUUCUUUUUUCCUUGCAUUGUUGACCUAUUCUUGUGCUAAUUUAUUUCAUAGAUUUCUGGUUGAGCUAGAAAUAUAUUUUAUAUCUAGCAACUAGAUGAAAUUCCCAAGUGAUAAUCAAACACCAAAUAGAGUUAUAAAUUUAGGUAAAGUCCAUUUUAUCCAUUGCAUUUUUUUAUUAUUAGAAAUUCAUAUUCGUAUAAAUUUGAUAUUAGUAAAUGAAAACAUAUCAGUAUUAAAUUUGUACAUUAUAUUGACCUUAUUAAAAAAUCGACUAUUUAGUUUGAACAAAAUUGAUUAAUGAUGCUUAAUAUCUUUCAGUCGCCGAUUUAUCAAAACAUUGAUUCGAUGAACUGUUUUUUUAAAAGAUAUACAUACUUUUGAGACAUACUAAUAUUAUUAAAAUACUAUUAUAUUAUUAAAAUAGCCUUACAUGGUCAUAGACUCGCUGAUCUAGGAAUACGAAAUUGUUUUAAAAUACUAUUACAGUUAUUGUAACUAGAAUAAACCAGAAUUUCACCGAAAAUUCCGUUUGCAUAAUAAUAAUUCAUGAAUCGAAACUAAUGCUAGUUUUAGUUUAAUAACCGUGAUGCUUAAUUAGUCUACAUUAGAAUGAAGAAUAAAAUGGAUUAUUAUUAUUAUUAUUAAGCUCAGACAGACUCUGCUCUUUCAACUUCAUGUUAACCACUUUUACUAAAUUUUAUUCAUCGAUAGAAAAUAACUAUACCAUGGUAUUUUUAAAGAGCAAUAUAUAAAUGUGAUUACUUAUUAUUCAUUUAUCGAACAAUACGCGUAUAUCAGAAUACACACAUGUGUUUUUUACUAAAAUACGGUUUAUAAUAUUAUAUACUAUAAUCAUUAUACUUACCAAAAUAUAGGCUACGGUAAUUAUAUGAGAAUUAUUUAUUUCAAUAUAAUAUUGGAAUAUUUAAGUAGUUAAUCGGCUACAAUAUUACUAAUGAGUAUAUUCUUCUAGUAUUUUUGAGUCAUAAGAAAAGCUUCAAUACUGUGAGUCAUCAAAUUUAAUUAAAUAGGAGACAUAAUUUUUAUUACUAAUAAUAAAGUCAACAUGUAUUUCAUGAGAAUAUUUUCUUACAUAGGUUGAAGUAAUUUGCCAAUUCAAAAUUAGCAACUUUAUAAUAAUGAUAAGAGAUAAGCAUGAUUCACAAGAACUGAAAUUUGUAUAGCAGAUUGACUUUCUUGAAAUUUUUAGAUGCCGUGCUUUUAUAAAGUAGUAUACAUACUGUAUUUUUUAUAUUGUUACUAUGCUAUUCAAUCUCUUAUCUAGUAUGGUACCGGUAUACCUAUAUGUUUCAUAAAUUAUAUAAUAAUAUAAAUAAUUACAAAAAUAUUCUUGUCACAACUAUAUAAACAAACAUCCAUGUAGAAUAAAGCCCUGCGCUCACCAAUGAGAAUUAAUCUUUGUCAUAAAAAUCAACUUUGAAAUCAUCCUGCAGCUUACACUCAUCUCACGUCGCCGUGCCCAAGGCUUAGCGUUCCAUUCACUGCCCUAUUUGUUGUCCAACUUGUUCGACUACUAGUAGGAUCGUUUUCACCACUCACGCUCUGUCUUGUUUUUCAACUUCAGUCUAGUCGGAUGGAGAGCAAACGCUAGUUUGAUGUCGGACCUCAAGAAAUGUUACUGAUGAUCCAACAUACGUCCAGACUUCCAACCCAUUUACGGUCCGAUUUCGUAUUCAACAUUGGAUGUUGGACGACUAGCUGAACAACAAAUCGGACAGUGAAUGGCUUGCUUUAUCUCAGAAAAUAAUAUUCAACAUUUCUUCUCUCAACUUAUAUAAAUCUGAAAUUAAAAUGAUUCUUUCUACAGGUUUGUAAUAUGCUAAUUUUAGAACGGCAUUUGAUUACUCGUUAUUUUAAUAUUAGUUUGUAAUGUGUAAGUAGGUUUCUUAUUUCUGUUCUAUUAAAACUAACCAUCAAUACUGAGUAAAGAA